AUGGUGGGACCGAGAAGCAUGCGCAUGGGUAGCUGCAGGCACUUCUUGCUGUUGUCACUGGCUGCGUUUUCUUUGCCGGUCUGUGCCGCCUCCGAGGCGGAGGUCCAAGUGGGAUCUCGAGAAAUUCUGGACGAAGCAGGCAAUAUAUUCGCGUUCGAGAGUGAUAGCUCCGGAGGGUACGACGAAGAUGAGGGUCGUCGCUUAGAGGAGAUCUGUGCUGGUGUGGAGCCCGAAAAGUGGUUCUGCUCUGGCGCAAUGCAAACCUUGUGUUGUUACAGUCACAGUGUUCUUCGUCCUUGCAGACGGGUACACUGCGUCUAUGGGUGUAUCAUGGGAAUCUGCAUCCGAUCGCACAGCUAG